AUGGUCAAGAAGGGAAAAGCCGCUCCUCAGAAGAGGAAGAGCCCUCCCCAAAAGGCCGAAGCUCCAGCUCGGAAGAAAGCUCGUACCCAGAAGGAAGAAGCUACCGCCGAGGAACGUGGUUCCAAGGAGGAAGAAGAAACCCCCUUCAAAGCUGCGGCAGUUCCUCAUCAAAAGGAAGAAGCUCCCAUCAGGGAUGAAGGUCGUCGUUCCCAGAAGGAAGAGACUCCUAACGCGGCGCCACAGAUGACAAGGAGGUCUUCUUCCCAGAUGAACGAAGUCGCUCCCGCUCCCCAGCAGAAAGCCCGCAUCCAGGAGGCUCCCCUCGAGGAACGUGGUUGUCAGAAUGACGAUAUUCUCAAGGCCGCGGAAGCUCUUGAAGCUCUUCGCCAGAUGAGAGCAGCCUUUCCAAGGGUCGAAGCCUCUCACCAGGUGAGAAAUGUUCAGGCGCAAGAGGCUCUCCACGACAAGACUACUCAGAUAGAACCUCGUGUCCAAACUAGCGGAGCACCCGGCGGCGAGAGAGGUAGCCUUCAAGUAGCAACCUUUAGAAUCGCGAAAGCUCCUCCCAAGGCCGAUGCCCCUCCCCAGAAUGGACCUCGUACCCAGAAGGAAGCUCCCCGCGAGAAAGCUGGUCCUCGGGCAGAAACCUCCAAAGCGCCCGAGGCCCCGGGAUCGUCUCACCAGGAGAAAGGAGCUCCCCCCGACAAAGUCGCUCUUAAGCAGGGAGAACCCGCCAAACUCCAAGCACCUUUGCGCGAAGAACGCUGCUGGGACUGGAUACUAGUCUUCGGGAAUGUCCACUACGCCGUGGACCGUUGCUCCUUUGUUGAAUACCGUCCCCUUAGACGACACUGCACGAGCGCCGUGUGUGGACACCUUGUACUUGUCGCCGGCGUCGGAACAGUGGUGUUAAAACUCCCUUCAACUCCCAAGGAAGGAGCCCUCGUUCGCACUGUGACGCUGACCAACGUCCUUCACAUUCCCAGCGCCCUCAGCAAUGGAUUCUCGCUCAGCGCGUGGUCCCAAGCCGGUGGAUCUUUUGUCGGCAGAAAAGGAGUGUCCUGUGGGCGGGAUAAGCAGAACCUCCCUUGUUGGUUCACCCAGAGGAUUUGUGGCUUGGAGAAGCUAGUCUUGGAUGGAAAUCCGCAGGGAACGUCUCUUCUUGCUUCACAUGGUCCGAGGCUUCUCGAUUUAUUCUUCACCGAGGAGCUUCUAAGGAAGAUCAACAGCGAGGCUCCUUAG